CAUAGAAUGUGCUGAAAGAAACAUUUAGUUUAUAUUUAAAAAAAAAAAAUCAUUACAGACUAAACAAUUGUUCUUUGUUAUUGCUAAAAAAAGAAUUAGUUGUACUCAAUUAUAUGUUUUUCUUUAGAAUCUUGACCAAAGAUGUUGUUUUUAUUCAACAUACAUGUAUACCACUUUAAAAUAUAAAAGAAGCAUAAACGAUUUCAAAUUUUGAUGUUGUACAGAUUGAAUUGAAGAUUGACUUCAAAAUGUUUUUGAUAUUUGGACCUGUGAUACAGUAUUAUACGUUGUCCCAGAUAUAAACAGUGGUGCAAAUAAAUGUUUUAAAUUUAAUAACCUGAGCCAUUUUAAAACCAGGAAUUACGGUUAAUGAGUACAAACUAUAUUUUUAAAAUGUCGAUAUCGCAUCAUUCCCAUCGCACAUUUUACAGAUUCCAGCAGACAAGACUUAGUGUCGCCCGCUUUACCUGGAAAGAUCGAUUCUAUUUAACCAUCGACGAGUAAAACUGGACGCUUGAGGUGAAGGUGUCAUACCAUGAUACUUUCUGGUUCCUGUUCCUAUUUGCACCCGCAUUUGAGCAAAAAGUACAUAGGAUGGCUUCGAGCCGACACCAGCAGCCUGUUGAAAGGAAGAGUUCAAGUCGAUUCAGUCAGCCUUUUGAAAGGGAGCUUUCCCUGAAAAAGCUUAUUAAUGCUGGCCAAUUGAAUAUCAAGCGACUAGCCGAAGCUGGGUUCCACUUUCAUUUUGACAGCGUUACUAAUGCGCAGUAUAUCAAAUGCUACGCAUGCAAUUGUUGUUUAAAAAACAUACGACCUGAAGAAGUGGAGAAUAUUUGGACAUUACACGCCCAGUUCGUGCAUUACCCGGACUGCACACAUGUGUUGAGUAUGCAAGGACUUGACUUUAUACAAGACAACCAGGAGGGUCAGUGGGGAGAAUUGAUUGGAUACAAUCCAGAGACUGUGCGGACAAAGUGUUGGGAAAAUAAGCCUCAGCCUAGCGCCUUUUCAAAGAUUAACGCAAGAAUUUACCGGGCCCUGCAAAGUCGUGCUGUGGAUAAACUUGAAAUGGUUCAAGCCAUCGAAGAUAAUCAGGAAUUUGCCGAUGAAGACAAAAGAUUGGAAACGAUGCUCAAUGAUCAGUAUGCAUUGCACGCAGAGGCAGGAUUUUACAGAGAAAACUUCGGGGAUUCAGGUUGUCCGAUGCGACUACGAUGUUUCAGCUGUAAGGCUCUGUGGGUUGCUCCAGACCGGGAAGACCCUUGGGAAAAACACGUUUUUCUUCAAGAUGCCUGUCAAUACCUGUUGCUAAGGAAAGGGAAACUAUUUGUUCAGCAGACGUACAAACGGAAAUGCAGGAGACAACGCCAUCUGUCAAAGUAGUGUAUAGGGAAAAUGCGAGUCUGCCUGAACAAAACAAGCAGCAAGCCACAUGUCAAAUUCCAGAAAUGCUGCAUAUCUUGUUUAUCUUCCGGCAAAUACAACCUGGGCCCUAGUGACAUACUACAGAUAUAUAUCGCAUCCAGUAUGACGAAGCUUUGAAAGUCGCUUAGUAAACUAUGAACACUUUCUGUUAAAAAUAACUCAAUCACAUCAAUUCGAAAAGCUGGUGGUCUGGAUGAUGAACGUGGACAAGACAAACUCGAAAGUUAUUACCAUAUUGUAUUGUUCAUAUGGGAUGUUAGCUUCCUUUUUUUUCUUUUUAAAGAAUGUGCUAUUACAUGAACGUUUCAUAUCAGAACUGAAUUGAUAUAAUAGACAACUGUACAAACAAGACAAUAUUUGGAGUGAUUCAUUUCAAGAAUGUUGUAGUAGCGUUUUGAAUAAAUGAGUAUUGUGUAA